ACUGCUAAGUUCGUGCCACAUGCCGAUGUCGGGUUACCACAGCAACUGAAGCACACUAAAAUACUUACCAAAAACGACGAGCGCGAAGGCGGGCUGAAGCGCUGUUGCCUUUGUUUCAUUGGCUCCUCGCUUUAGGGCGAACCUUUUUACCGAGGUAUUCUGCCAGGGAGUUUAGCGGGUCAGUUUGAGCCUGGAUCCUCGGCCCUUACUCUAGCGUCUGCUCUCAGAUCGCCUUGUCUUGUCACUCAGCCCUUCACCCGUCUCCACAAUGGCCGACGCACCGGUCCCAGAUCUGCCCAAUGGUUACCUGGGGGCACAGCCCAAGUUUAAGGAGUAUGGUCUGAGUGUCAUGAGCCACUCCGAUCCGGUCAUUCGACUGCAAGGCAAUGAGGUGGAAGUCAAAAUCGGCUACUCAGAUGCCGUGAAAACCACAGCGUCAUUGAUCAAGGCUUCAACGGAGGAGGAGAGCAAAGAUUACGUUUUCACUCAGUCCAAAGGUUCUGUUCUGACCUAUAUGGCAACGCUUCCCAGCGAAGGCUGGUGGAAACUCCAGAUAUACGCUCUUCCUGCCAAGGACCCCGGAAACCAGCUGAUCGGAGUAUACAACUAUAUCAUAGAUUGUCCCCGAAUCAUCAAAAAGGCGUAUCCGUUCCCUAAGCAGUAUGCCCAGUGGAAGGACGGUUGCUACAUUUUCGAACCGAUGGUGCUUCACAAGGACGUUAAAGGACCAAGCGUUCGCUUCCGGCUAUCUAUCCCACACGCCAAGGCUGUGGCUGUAGUGGCUGACCAAGAGUGGACCCAUCUGAAGGAGAGUGGACAGAAGGGGCUGUGGGAGGCAACAGUAGACUUGGCGAAGUACUACGGGAAAAACACGCGGGUUACAGUAAACGCAAACUUCGGCGAAGACAAAACGAGCUACUCAACUCUUCUUGAGUACCGUGUAUAAACAAUUCACAAAAAAAUACGUCCUUAGGCAGGUGGCAGAUCCCGGAAGAACCUGAUCAUUGCAAGCUUACCGUUAUGACAAAGAGACAUUUGUGUAUAACUUCUGAAUUUGCUCAGCGUCUGGUAAAAUCUCUUUGUGAGCUGGUUUUGAAUAGAUUAGCAGAACUCACUACGUGGAUAUUUUUCUGUUGAUAUCGUGUCAUGUUGUUGUUGUUGGGACGCUCAUUUCUGGUGAUUGUUGACGAUUGCCUGGGCCGCAGACAGCACUCAUAACAGAGUCUCGUGUAUUGUAUCCUGCUAUAUUCUGCCUCGAUGGAUGACAUGGCUUCUCACUGACUCCAUUAUUCGACUCGCUCUCAUUUGGCAGGGCGCCUGGUGUUGGCGGAAAAGAUAGAUUCUUCAGCAAUUUGCUGGGAAGGAAGAACUGCAGACUGUCAAAAUACCGAGGAAAGCUAACCCGCGCAACGACCGCAGGGUUUCUACAAUAUCUAGACUGUAUCUGCAGCCCCGUGAGCCGGGAGAAAGAAAGACCUCGCUAUCUGAAAUUAGGACGGCGUGUAUCUUGGUUUCCAUUUUCUGACCGCAAUAAAUGUUGGAAGAGCGAUUCAAACUUGUCAAUGAACGAAAGAACAUUUCGAACUGGAGCUGAGGCAACCCACGUAGGUGGUAGGAAUGUAAAUUGAUACGUACACAGCUCUGCUAUACUUACAUAUGUGUCAGCUACUCACUAACAUAGCACCGCGGGGUUUUAGAUAACCCCCUGGUUAACUCUAUACAACAUUAUCUAACACGAUAAAACACAGUUGUAGCGGUGGUUUGGUGAAAAGUACAUCGCGAGCUUUGGCCAAAUAUAGAUGUGUUCUAUGAACGUAAAAGUGACUGCAGCGCCCGACUUGAAAAAUCCCCAUUAAAUAUCACACUUUUCCCCUGGACUCAUCAACGAUCUUCAUUUAAAAAAACGGGUCUGGUACCCAGUAAUCAGUGUACGUGAUACCUUUGAACAUCCGAUGAUAUUUUACCGGGGACAUAAGCAGUUGUAUAACAUAAUUUCAAACAACUGAAGUUCGUGCCAGGGCCAGAUUACACACUGAUUUUUUUACACAUUAUUUGUCGCGUAUGAGCUAUCACAUCGGCCAAACAGAAUACCC